UGACACCUACACACGACAUGUAGAUUAGUUCAUACUUCAAACUUCAUAGUAUAUAUAGUAAGAUGUCCAUAUCAAAUGUGACAAAUAAAUGUUCACAAAACUAUAUGAAUAUACGUUUAUGUAUUCCCCAUGCCACCACUCAUCUACUUCGUCUCUUUCCUUGUAAAAUUUUGAGCUGGAAAAAGAAUGGAUUCCACAGCCCAACGCCGUCUCCACAAACUUACUAGUCAUCUCAUUAACUCUACCGCCGGCAAUGAUCAGCCGUUGCAUCUCCGCCACCACCCCAUCGCCGGUGAAUUUGUUUCAGAGCAAGGAUACAGUGUUGUGCUUCCGGAGAAGCUGCAGAGUGGAGAAUGGAAUGUCUACAGAAAUCGACGAUCGCCUUUCAAACUUGUUAGUAGAUUUCCUGAUCAUCCUGAGAUCGCAACCUUGCACGACAAUUUUGUGCACGCAGUUAAGACAUUUCGGGAUCACAAGUACUUAGGAACGCGAUUCCAAGAAGAUGGAACAGUGGGAGAGUACAGAUGGAUGACCUAUGGGGAAGCGGACACUUCGCGGUCAGCUAUUGGUUCUAGCCUCGUGAGACGUCAGAUACAAAAGGGAUCUUGUGUCGGGCUUUAUUUUGUUAAUAGACCCGAAUGGGUUGUGAUCGAUCAUGCCUGCUCUGCAUAUUCGUUUGUCUCUGUACCUUUAUACAACACAUUAGGUCCGGAAGCAGUUAGAUACAUUGUCAAUCAUGCAGCUGUUCGAGCUAUAUUUUGUGAUACAAAAACAUUAAACAUCCUGCUCAGGUUUCUGCCUGAGAUCCCAUCAGUACAUCUGAUUGUGGUUGUUGGAGGAGUAGAAGGUAAAAUGGCAUCACUUUCUUCAACAACAGGAGUAGAAAUAAUCUCAUAUUCACAACUACAUACUGAAGGUCUUAGCAGCUUUAAGCCUUUCUGUCCACCAACAUCCGACGAUAUUGCCACAAUAUGCUAUACUAGUGGCACAACCGGAACUCCAAAGGGAGUCGUGCUGUCUCAUGGAAAUUUGAUUGCCAACGUUGCUGGUUCGAGCAUGGGAUUCAAGUUAUAUCCAUCUGAUCUUUUCAUAUCAUAUCUUCCUCUAGCACACAUAUACGAGCGUGUUACCCAAAUCACGGUGGCGUAUAUUGGAGGAGCUUCUGGUUUUUCUCAAGGGGACAGCAUGAAAUUACUCGAGGAUGUCGCUGUCUUGAAACCGACUGUAUUUUGCAGUGUCCCACGGCUAUAUAAUCGGAUAUACGCAGGAGUGAUAAACUCUGUAAAAUCAUCCGGUGAUUUGAGGGAGAGGCUGUUUGAUGCAGCUUAUAAAGCUAAGAAGCAGUCGUUAGUUACCGGAAAGAAACCGCCUCCAAUGUUCGAGAGUUUGGUGUUUGAGGAUAUUAAGGGAAUACUGGGAGGCAGAGUUCGUUACAUGGUGUCUGGCGCGUCACCCUUGUCUCCUCAAGUCAUGGAAUUUCUACGAGUAUGCUUUGGUUGCACAGUUAUUGAAGGAUAUGGAAUGACAGAGGCUUCUUGUGUCAUAAGCAACAUGGAUGAAACCGAUGUUUUAUCCGGCCAUGUUGGUGUUCCCCAUCCUGCUUGUGAGAUGAAGCUCGUAGAUGUUCCGGAGAUGAACUAUACAUCCAAGGACCAGCCCCAUCCACGGGGUGAGAUCUGCGUGAGAGGUCCCACUGUGUUCCAAGGAUACUAUAAAGCGGAGGAACUAACUAGGGAAGCAAUCGAUGAGGAUGGAUGGCUUCACACUGGAGAUAUAGGCUCAUGGUUGCCACAAGGCCGAUUGAAGAUCAUUGAUAGGAAAAAGAACAUAUUCAAAUUGGCUCAAGGAGAGUACAUAGCUCCUGAGAAAAUAGAGAAUGUAUACACAAAAUGCAAGUUCAUUGCACAAUGCUUUAUACAUGGCGACAGCCUGAAGUCUUCUCUAGUCGCAAUUAUUGCUGUGGAUCAUGAUGCAUUGAAAACAUGGGCUGCGACUGAAGGCAUUGAGUAUGAAGAUUUGAAGCAGCUAUGCAGUGAUCCUCGGAUGAAGGGUGCUGUGCUGGCUGACAUGGACUCCAUAGCAAAGGAAGCUCAACUGAGAGGCUUUGAGUUUGCAAAAGAUGUUGCUCUUGUGCUUGAACCAUUCACUUUGGAGAAUGGAUUGCUCACUCCAACAUUCAAGAUUAAGAGGCCACAAGCGAAAGCUCACUUUGCUAAAGAGAUCGAUGAAAUGUACGCGCAUUUGGCUUGAAGUUUUCGUUAUUUUUAUGUGUUACGGUCACGGAUUGGAUUCGCAAUUUGUGUCAAAAUUGUGGCAAAGAUGAUCAAGAGCAGCAUAGUAUGCCAACAAGUGCAACCAUGAAAUUGUUUUUAUUGGGAUUUAUUGCUUUCAUAAAUAUAUCUGAACUAUUUAUAGUUA